UGCACAAUGACUACGCUGAUACGACGCUCACGAACAUUUCCUGCAGCAUCUCAUAAUCCAGACCAAACUCACUCGGAAAGUGGAUACAUUUUUCCCGCUGCUCUACGAGACCUCACCAUUUCCUCAAGUUCUUUUCAGCCAAACAAUUAGCUACAGGAAAUCAGUUCCAGAUCCACCUCUAGCCUACCAUGUCUGAACCAGGUUCUGGUUGUGGUGUUCCAGCCCAGAGAAGCUCACAGCGGGCUCCAGAGAUGCUAUUAGUGAAGCUGGGGGACUGCAGUCAAACACUGGAACUCAAUGUGAUUGUCAAAGAGGAGGAGGAGGAGAGAGAAAUCAAUGAGGGGGAGGAGGAAGAGAGAGAGGAGGACAGGGCCUCUGUUGACUCAGGAGAGAUCCCCAACCCAGACUCAGUCAACAAGCCCAGUUCCACAGCAUCAAGACUGCCUGGUAGUGGGAGUUAUUCGUGCCCUCAAUGUGAGAAGAGUUUCAGUUCCUCAACUAUUCUAAAGAAUCAUCAAAGAGUACACACUGGAGAAAAACCUUUCCACUGCUCUGCAUGUGGGAAGAGUUUCAGUGAGAAAGUAAACCUUAAGAGACACGAGAGAGUACAUAGUGGAGAGAAGCCUUACCACUGCACCCAAUGUGGGAAGAGCUUCAAUCAUUCUGGAAGCCUUAAGGAACACCAAAGAGUACAUACAGGGGAGAAACCUUACCACUGUGCUCUUUGUAGGAAGCAUUUCAGUCAGCCAGGAAGCCUUAAGAAACACCAGAGAAUUCAUACAGGGGAGAAACCUUACCACUGCUCACAGUGUGGAAAGAAUUUUCGUUUCGCAGGAGACCUAAAGAGUCACCAGAGAUCACACAGUGGAGAGAAGCCUUACCACUGUUCUCAGUGUGGCGAGGGAUUCACUCAGCUCAGGCGUCUUAAACGUCAUCAGAGGAUACACAUUGGAGGGAAGCCUGUCUGUGUUUUAAAUGUGAUUGUCAAAGAGGAGGAGGUUGAGAGGGAAAUCAAAGAGGAGGAAAAGCGAGAAGUUGAGGAAGAGGAGGACAAUAGUGGUAUAGUUGACCCAGAUACAUCAACAUUACCUGGUUGUAGUCUUUACCCCUGCCAUCAAUGUGGGAAGAGUUUCCGUUCCUCAAGUAAUCUACAGAAUCAUCAAAAAGUACACAUUGGAGAAAAGCCUUACCACUGCUCUGAGUGUGGGGAGGGAUUCACUCAGCUACUACGUCUUAAAAGUCAUCAGAUAAUACACAAUGGAGGGAAGCCUGUUUGUGCGUUAAAUGUGAUUGUCAAAGAGGAGGAGGUUGAGAGGGAAAUCAAAGAGGAGGAAAAGCGAGAAGUUGAGGAAGAGGACGACAAUAGUAGUGUAGUUGACCCAGAUACACCAAGACUGCCUGAUCGUGGUCGUUACCCAUGUCAUCAAUGUGGGAAGAGUUUCCGUUCCUCAAGUAAUCUAAAGAAUCAUCAAAGAGUACACACAGGAGAGAAACCUUACCACUGCUCCCAAUGUGGGAGGGGUUUCAGUGAGAAGGUAAAUCUUAAGAGACAUGGCAAAGUACAUAGUGGAAAGAAGCCUUAUCACUGCACCCAAUGUGAGAAGAGCUUUAAUUAUUCAGGAAGCCUUAAGGAACACCAGAGAAUACAUACAGGGGAGAAGCCUUACCACUGCUCUCUAUGUGGUAAGAGUUUCAGUCAGCCAGGAAACCUUAAGAAACAUCAGAGAAUACAUACAGGGGAGAAGCCUUACCACUGCUCUCUUUGCGGUAAGAGUUUCAGUCAGCCAGGAAACCUUAAGAAACAUCAGAGAGUACAUACAGGCGAGAAGCUUUACCACUGCUCUCAUUGUGGGGGGGGUUUCACUCAGCUAAGAAGUCUUAAAAGUCAUGAGAAAAUACACAUUGGAGGGAAGCCUGCCUGUGCUUUCAAUGUGAUUGUCAAGGAGGAGGAGGAGGAGGAGGAAGAAAAGAAAUAAGUUGAGGGAGAGGAGAGUGACGUGAAAUAAAGGUGAAGUGAGAAUACAUAAGCAACUCUAUAGUUAUUGAAAUUCACACCUAUCCUUGCAAUGGCAUCUUCCGUGACGGCAUGGUCAUGGGCAGCACCAUUUGAGUUUUAAAAAUCAGUAAGGGUUUUUCCUGCACAACUGUAAAACCAGACUGUAGCCUUGUCACAGCCAGGUCAGCAGUCGGGGUAAUUCCAUAACGUAAUAGUGUCAUCCGUAUUUAGAUGAGAUCGAGACAAGAUCGUUAACAACUAUAGUGGUUGCUGUAAUAGUGCUAUUCCCAGGCCUAAAGCCUGGUUUACGUUAACAAUACGUGUCUCAUUGUAAACCAGGUUGCCAGUCCGGGUCAAAGCCUGUGUUCCUGGCCUUGACCCAAGCAUAAUUUAUUUAAUGAAUUGUUUCUGAACAGGAUACCACCUCCUAAUGUGCUACAGUGUGUAUAGUCUGAACAAGAUCCCUCCUCCUAAUGUACUGCAGUGUGUACAGUCUGAACAGGAUACCACCUAAUGUACUGCAGUGUGUACAGUCUGAACAGGUACAAAGCCAAGGUUGGUGAUUUACUGCUACCUGCAGUUAUGGAAUGUUAUCUCAGGACUAUAAAUUAAUUGGUUGACUCCUCCUCCUGACCUCCUCCUGACCUGGAUGGAAUUAUACGACCUGGAUAUAGUGCACUACAUUUGACCAUGAUUUUUGGAAUGAGAUGUUGGACGAGCAGGUGUCACACUACAUCGGUAACCACUACAAACGUAUCUUCCUCUAUCUACUACCAAACAGAGAAACGCUCCAUUUUCACAUCUGCUGAUGUUGGGUUGGUGCUUGAGGUUCUGAAUAUGUAGUAGAAUGUUUUUGAAAUGUCCCUUUUAAAGGUACGUAUGCCCAUGUACACGACUAACAUUUAAAUGUAAAACAGUUGACAGUAGCAUAAUCUAUAUUUGACUUGAGCUGAAUACUGGGGCUGAGUCUAUAUAUAGUAUAUACUGGGGGCUGAGUCUGUAUAUAGUAUAUACUGGGGGCCGAGUCUAUAUAUAGUAUAUACUGG